AUGCCUCCUAACCUUCCAGAUUGGAGUUCCCCUAAUGGCAAACUAGAUUGGGGUAUACAAGGAGAAGAGCUAAACAAACCAAGAAAAUCUAGUCAUCUCAUGUUCCUAAACAAUGGCAUCAGUUUGGAAAAUGCGACAGUCUCAGUGCCAUCAACCGGUGAUGAACCAGAAGCAUCUGGAGUCCAAUCUCACAUGAACACCAUCCCUUCUGUCGACUACUCCUUGCGCAUGGUACGCCCAGUGGCCAUCGCUUCAACGACCUCCAGGCUCUUUAACAGAAACGCCAUGCAUGAGUUCGAUAGCGACAAUGACGAUAGUGAGUUCAGCGAUGAUCGUCGCGGCAUACGCUCACUUUCUCGCCGUAGUGAUGGUUUCUUCUCAGAUGUGUUUGAUCCUUUCUCCCCAGCGAGGAACCUGAGCCAAGUCCUGAACAUGAUGAAUCAAUUCAUGGAGAAUCCAUUUGUGGUUGCAUCGCGUGGCAUGGGAGGGGGUCUAUGCCGAAGCUGGAGCGUUAAGGAAACGGAAGACGCCUUGAACUGUCGAAUUGACAUGCCUGGGCUCGGGAAAGAGGAUGUCAAAGUGUCCUUGGAACAGAACACUCUGGUCAUCGAAGGCGAGGCCAAAGAAUCUAACGAGGGGGGAAUCUAA